AUGACUACUCUCGAAAGCCUCGCGAACCAAGCCCAGGUUCAGGCAUCCACAUUAAGCAAACUUUUGGCUGAAGCAAAUCUACCAUCUCCUUCCUUUGCCCCAGAUGCACCUCCAGCGCCCCCACACGGAAAAGAAUUUGAGAAGAUCCAAGCGGCUCGCAUGUCCCUGAUCGAAUCCGCGAAUGCAAUUCGGGAUCUGGCACUUGGACCCGAAGAUUGCAUUACUGCAUUCUCAGAUGGAAUCAAGCACGAUCUCGCAGCACUGCACGUCAUUGUCGAUUUCAAUAUCCCGCAAUUGGUCUCGCUCGAUGGCGAGGUGUCCUACGCCGAAAUCGCUAAGAAGGUGGGGAUCCCAGAGUAUCGUGUGCAUCGCAUUCUCCGACAUGCCAUGACCUCUCGCAUCUUCCGUGAGGCCCGUACAGGCUAUGUAGCUCAUACCGGGCCCUCGGCAGCGUUCCUCCGGAACCCUGUCCUCAGAGACUGGAUUUCCUUCAACCUGGAUGAGGUUAGGAAAGCCGAUACUCAGCUCGUGGAGACUGCGAAAUUACGGUGA